AUGUCAAUUACCACAAGGUCAGUCACCAUCGCAGACAACACAAGGUCAGUCACCCUCUCACAGUCAACACAAGGACAGUCACCAUCUCACAUUCAACACGAGGUCAGUCACCAUCUCACGUUCGACACAAGGUCAGGCACCAUCUCACAUUCAACACGAGGUCAGUCACCAUCUCACGUUCGACACAAGGUCAGGCACCAUCUCACAUUCAACAGGAGGUCAGUCACCAUCUCAGUUAACACAAGAUCAGCCGCAAUCUCACAGUCAACCCAAGGUCAGUCACCAUCUCGCAGUCAACGCAAGGUCAGUCACCAUAUCACAACCACCAUCUCACAUUCAACCCAAGGUCAGUCACCAUCUCACAGGCAACACAAGGUCAGUCACCCUCUCACAGUCAACACAAGGUCCGUAAACAUCUCACAGUCAACACAAUGUCAGUCACCAUCGCAUACAACACAAGGUCAGUCACAAUCUCACAGACAACACAAGGUAAGUCACCAUAUCACAGUCAUCACAAGGUCAGUCACCAUCUGCCAUUCAACACAAGGUCAGUCACAUCUCACAGACAACACAAGGAUAGUCACCAUCUCAGACAACACAAGCUCAGUCACCAUCUCCCAGCCAACCCAAGGUCAGUCACCAUCUUCCAUUCAACACAAGGUCAGCCACCACCUCACAGUCAACACAAGGAGGUCAGUCACCAUCUCACGUUCGACACAAGGUCAGGCACCAUCUCACAUUCAACAGGAGGUCAGUCACCAUCUCAGAUUCAACACAAGGUCAGUCGCCAUAUCACAGUCAACACAAAGUCAGCCACCAUCUCACAGUCAACACAUGGUCAGUCACCAUCUCACAGUCCACACAAGGUCAGUCACCAUAACACAGGCAACACAGGGUCAGUCACCAUCUCAGAUUCAACACAAGGUCAGUCACAUCUCACAGACAACACAAGGUAAGUCACCAUAUCACAGUCAACGCAAGGUCAGUCAUCAUUUUACAGUCAACACAAGGUCAGUCGCCAUAUCACAGUCAACACAAGGCCAGUCACCAUCUCACAGUCCACACAAGGUCAGUCACCAUGUCACAGUCAACACAAAGUCAGCCACCAUCUCACUUAACACAAGGUCAGUCACCACCUCACAGUCACCACAAGGUCAGUCCCCAUCACAGUCAACACAAGGUAAACCAACAUCACACAUUCAACACAAGGUCAACCCCCAUCUCACAUUCAACACAAAGUCAGUCACCAUCUCAGUUAACACAAGAUCAUCCGCAAUCUCACAGUCAACACAAGCUCAGCCCCCCUCUCACAGUCAACACAAGGGCAGUCACCAUUUUACAGUCAACACAAGGUCAAACACCAUCUCACAGCCAACACAAGGUCAGUCACCACCUCACAGUCAACACAAGGUCCGUAAACAUCUCACAGUCAACACAAUGUCAGUCACCAUCUCACAGUCAACACAUGGUCAGUCACCAUCUCACACAACACAAAAUGUCAGCCACCAUCUCACAGUCAACACAUGGUCAGUCACCAUCUCACAGGCAACACAAGGUCAGUCACCAACCCAUUCAACACAAGGUCAGCCACCACCUCACAGUCAACACAAGGGCAGUCACCAUAUCACAGUCAUCACAAGGUCAGUCACCAUCCCACAUUCAACACAAGGUCAAACACCAUCUCACAUUCAACAGAAGGUCAGUCACCAUCUCACGUUCGACACAAGGUCAGGCACCAUCUCACAUUCAACAGAAGGACAGUCACCAUCUCACAGUCAACCCAAGGUCAGUCACCAUCUUACAGUCAACACAAGGUCAAACACCAUCUCACAUUCAACACGAGGUCAGUCACCAUCUCACGUUCGACACAAGGUCAGGCACCAUCUCACAUUCAACAGAAGGACAGUCACCAUCUCACAUUCAACAGGAGGUCAGUCACCAUCUCACGUUCGACACAAGGUCAGGCACCAUCUCACAUUCAACACGAGGUCAGUCACCAUCUCAGACAACACAAGCUCAGUCACCAUCUCCCAGCCAACCCAAGGUCAGUCACCAUCUUCCAUUCAACACAAGGUCAGCCACUAUCUCACAGACAAAACAAUGUCACUUACCAUCACAGUCAACACAAGGUCUGUCACCAUCUCACAUUCAACACGAGGUCAGUCACCAUCUCACGUUCGACACAAGGUCAGGCACCAUCUCACAUUCAACACGAGGUCAGUCACCAUCUCACGUUCGACACAAGGUCAGGCACCAUCUCACAUUCAACACAAAGUCAGUCACCAUCUCACAGCCAACACAAGGUCAGUCACCAUCUCACAGUCAACACAAGGUCAGCCACUAUCUCACAGACAAAUCAAUGUCAAUUACCAUCACAGUCAACACAAGGUCAGUCACCAUUUUACAGUCAACACAAGGUCAGCCACCAUCUCACAUCCAACACAAGGUCAGUCACCAUCUCACAGUCAACACAAGGUCAGACACUAUCUCACAGACAAAUCAAUGUCAAUUACCACAAGGUCAGUCACCAUCUCACAUUCAACACAAGGUCACUCACCAUCUCACAUUCAACACAAGGUCAGUCACCAUAUCAGUCAACACAAGGUCAACCACCAUCUCACAGUCAACACAAGGUCAGUCACCAUAUCACAGUCAACACAAGGUCAGUCACCAUUUUACAGUCAACACAAGGUCAGCCACCAUCUCACAUUCAACACAAGGUCAGCCACCAUCUCACAUUCAACACAAGGUCAGUCACCAUAUCAGUCAACACAAGGUCAACCACCAUCUCACAGUCAACACAAGGUCAACCACCAUCUCACAGUCAACACAAGGUCAGUCACCAUCUCACAUUCAACACAAGGACAACCACCAUCUCACAUUCAACACAAGGUCAGUCCCCAUCUCACAUUCAACACAAGGUCAGUCACCAUAUCAGUCAACACAAGGUCAACCACCAUCUCACAGUCAACACAAGGUCAGUCACCAUAUCACAGUCAACACAAGGUCAGUCACCAUUUUACAGUCAACACAAGGUCAGCCACCAUCUCACAUUCAACACAAGGUCAGCCACCAUCUCACAUUCAACACAAGGUCAGCCACCAUCUCACAGUCAACACAAGGUCAGCCACCAUCCCACAUUCAACACAAGGUCAGCCACCAUCUCACAGUCAACACAAGGUCAGCCACCAUCCCACAUUCAACACAAGGUCAGCCACCAUCUCACAUUCAACACAAGGUCAGUCACCAUCUCGCAUUCAACACAAGGUCAGUCACCAUCUCACAUUCAACACAAGGUCACUCACCAUCUCACAUUCAACACAAGGUCAGUCACCAUAUCAGUCAACACAAGGUCAACCACCAUCUCACAGUCAACACAAGGUCAGUCACCAUCUCACAUUCAACACAAGGUCAGUCACCAUCUCAGUUAACACAAGAUCAGCCGCAAUCUCACAGUCAACACAAGGUCAGCCGCAAUUUGGUCAACACAUGGUCAGCCGCAAUCUCACAUUCAACUCAAGGCCAGUCACUGCUUCAUAG